AUGGUGUCCUCGGAGCAAGAGGCUGAGAAGAAAAUCUCGGUCAACACGGAGUCGCUGGCUCCUAAUCCUGCGCCAGCUUACGAUGCCACUCCUGGGGAGGUCCACGAUGUUGAGAGCCACAAUGUCCUCAAGCGAGACCUGAAGGGUCGGCAUAUGCAGAUGAUUGCAAUCGGUGGUGCCAUUGGCGCGGGUCUCUUCGUUGGUACAGGAGGUGCCCUGCAUGCGGGUGGGCCUGGUUCUCUGCUCAUUGGUUAUUUGGUUAUUGGGCUCAUGCUUUUGUUGACUAUCCAUGCACUGGGCGAGUUGGCUGUUCUCUACCCGGAAAACGGAGCGUUCUUCACCUACUGUGUGAGGUUUAUCAACCCUGCUUGGGGAUUCGCUGUUGGCUGGGACUAUGCGAUCAGUUGGCUUGUCAUCCUUCCGUUCGAAAUCACGGCUGCGGGCAUCACGAUCCAGUAUUGGCGAGAUGAUCUGAACAUCGGUAUAUGGAUUGCAGUCUUCUUGACUGUUCUCAGCGCCAUUCAGAUUUUCGGAGUCAAGGGCUACGGUGAAGGCGUGUUUGCGUCCCUCCUCGCUUCCCGCAUUACUCUGCUAACCGGCUUUCCCUCGACAGUGGAAUUCAUCCUCGGCAUGAUCAAGGUGAUUGCAGUCAUCGGCUUCAUCAUCCUGGGUAUCGUCAUCGACUGUGGCGGCGCACCUGUGGGCGGAUACAUUGGUGCGAAGUACUGGCACCACCCGGGUGCUUUCACUGACUUCUACGGGUUCUGUUCGGUGUUCACGACCGCUGCGUUUGCGUUCAGCGGGACUGAAAUGGCUGGCCUCGCUGCUGCCGAGGCGAAGAACCCGGCAAAGGCUCUCCCCAAAGCCUGCAAGCAGGUUUUCUGGCGCAUCCUGAUCUUCUAUGUCCUCGGGACCUUCAUCGUCGGUCUCAUCGUUCCCCACGACGCAGACUAUCUGCGCGGUGCCUCGGGAUCCAACACCAAGGCCUCUCCUUUUGUCGUGGCCAUCCAGAACGCGGGCAUCUCGGGUCUCCCGUCUGUCAUGAAUGCCGUGAUUACCAUUUCUGUGAUUAGUGUGGCGAACUCGGCUACGUAUGGAUCGAGUCGCACCCUCCAGGCGCUCUCCAUGCGCGGCAUGGCCCCCAAAUGGAUGGCCUAUAUUGAUAAGUCCGGACGCCCCAUAUACUGCAUCCUGCUCCAGAUCGCCUUUGGUUUCUUGGCGUUCAUCAACGAGGCUUCGAGUACCGGCGACGCGAUCUUCAACUGGCUUCUCGCGCUCUCUGCUGUCAUCUCGUUCUUUGUUUGGGGCAGCAUCUGCUUCGCUCACAUCCGAUUCCGUCAAGCUUGGGCUUUCAACGGCCGGGAUGUGAAGGAGCUUGUCUAUACUGCUCCGUUUGGUGUUAUUGGCAGCUGGAUCGGCGUGUUCCUGAACGUUCUGGUUCUGAUCGCUGUGUUCUAUACCUCGGUCAAGCCGCUGGAUGCUGAGACCUUCUUUGAGAAUUAUCUUGCCGUGCCUUUGAUCAUUUUCUUCUACGUCUUCUGGCUGGUCUACACCAUGAUCAACAAGGAUCCUAAGCUUGAGCGGGGCGCCUGGCUGGUCAAGGUUCGAGAUAUGGAUAUCUUGACCAACAUGCGCGACGACUCGCUUGAUUAUGACCUACCAGCAAAGGUUGAGUAUCGGACCUGGGGCGAGUACUUCAAGGCGGCCCCUCUGAGGAUCGUGCGCUCUCUGUUCUAA